AUGAACGGGACAACAGAAUGUUUACCUGUUCUUCUGGUUGGUGCUGGUGGCAUUGGAUGUGAACUACUAAAGAAUUUAGUGUAUAAUGGUUUUGAUAACAUAACAAUCUUUGCUGUUGUUUUCAAUGCACUAGACAAUCUUGCCGCACGAAAACAUGUUAAUCGUAUGUGUGUAUCAGCAAAGAUUCCUUUAAUCGAAUCUGGUACUGCUGGUUACUUGGGACAAGUUGAACCACUGCUUCCUGUCAUUCGAACAGAUGAAUCAACACAUUCGGAUGGAAAACUGAAUGACAAUAUGUCAGCCUAUCGUACUGGAUGUUAUGAAUGUCAACCGCGUGGUUUAGGCCAACGUCAUUAUCCUGCUUGUACUAUACGUAAUACACCUUCUGAACCAAUCCAUUGUGUUGUAUGGGCAAAAUAUUUAUUCAACCAACUAUUCGGUCAGUCGGAUGCCGACGAUGAAGAUAUCUCUCCAGAUUUCUCAGAUCCAGAUCUACAUAAUAAUAAUAAUAAUGACCAUAGUCAAAACGAAGAGAAGUUGCCUCCUGAUAGCUCCACCAACGAUGCACACAAUUCAGAUGACUUGAACAAUUCAAGCUUAAAUAAGCCAACAAAUCAUCAGGUAACCUUAAGAGAAUGGUUUCGUCAACUUUCGUCUACCAACCAAACUUGCCAUUCUAAUUCAAUAGAUACUGGGCUACCAUCCGCGGCUAGUUCACUCGCUUGGCGAUUAUUUCAUCGAGAUAUUGUCACACUGGUUGGUAUGCGUGAUCUAUGGGUAGAUCGUCAAGAUCGUCGUGAACCAACACCACUGGAGAUGUCUACAUUGAAGGAGGCGAUAACAAUGAACCAUGCUUCAGUAUCGUCAUGUACACCGUCACUGGAUUCAUCAAAUUCUAAUGAACUACGUGAUCAGCGUAAAUUGCCCGUAUCUGGUUGGCUUGAAAUCUUCUUGAAUGCCGUUGAGAAAUUACAAAAACAAGUGGAGGAUGGCAGUGGAGACAAGUUUUUAGUAUGGGAUAAGGAUGAUCAAGAAGCUAUGGAUUUUGUGGUAUCUGCUGCUGUCAUUCGAUCACACUUGUUCCAUUUACCCGGUGCUGAUCAACUCACUCGAUUUACAAUCAAAUCACUAGCUGGGAAUAUAAUCCCUGCGGUAGCGUCUACAAAUGCAAUUGUCGCUGGACUGAUGGUACUUCAAGCUAGACAUAUUUUAUCAAAACAUUAUGAGCGUGUACGUACAGUCUACCUACAUCGUCAACCAACUGGUCGUCGUGGUAAUCGUCGUCUUGUUGUCCCAGUGAAGCCGGCACCACCAAAUCCUUCUUGUCUGGUAUGCAGUGAUACAAUCAAAAAUUCUCAACUGCGCUUAGUCUGUUCACCAGAAACACUCACUUUGCGUAUUCUCCGAGAUCGUAUUCUGAUCCGACAUUUAGGCAUGUUAGCACCAGAUGUUGAACUAUCUGAUCGUGGUGUUAUUUUGAUAUCAAGUGAAGAGGGUGAGACAGACGAAGAUACAUUAAAUAAAACGCUAGCGGAGUUUAAUAUUACUCAGGAUACAUGUCUACAGUGUGAUGACUUCCGUCAGGAUUUUACCCUACGUCUUAUUGUAUCUUGUAUUGGUGUUGAGUCGGCGAGUCCACUGUCCUCAUCGAAAUCAUUGGACAACAGCAAUCGGCCUACACAACACCACCACCACCAACAACAACAACUUCAGCAGCUGUUCGAUAGUGACGAUCAGUCUGAACAAUGGUGUAUUCUGGGCAAUGUGGAUACCGUGUUAACAACAGUCAAAGAGAUUGAUAUGGUGAAUGGAAAUGGAGAGGAGCAUAAAGCGUUGUCGAAUCGCAAGGAUGAUGUCAACACCAGUAUCAAUGAGGACAAGGAGACAGACUCCGAUAUCAUUGAAAUCAUCGACGAGGAAUCUACGGACCUACCACAAACCCGACGAUCACCAUCAUCAGAAGAUCAAAUUUUUAAAGGCAGCAGUGUAAAGCGUAAAUUCCAGCCUGAUGAGCCGACUAGAGAUAAUCGUCAAAUCAAAAAGGCAAAACUGGAUACCAACGUUGAUGUUGAUGAUGACGCUUUAUUGUCGUCGCUUAAUGAGACUGUACCGAUAGUCAAUGUCGACUCUGAUGAUGACGAUCUCAUCCUUAUUGAGUGUGAUUAA